AUGAAGGAUUUCAAUUUGGAUUUUUUUGAUCCAGGAACGGCAAUGGAGUCCUCCUCCUCUCCCGAUUACUCUCGCAGUGCUUCCUCUUCCGAUGCCGAUUUUGGAUUCGCGUUCAACGAUAGUAAUUUUUCCGACAGAAUCCUUCACAUUGAAAUCAUGGAUGACCUCGUUGAGGAGGCCUCACCUAAUUUUGAGGGUUGCACCACAAUUCUCGACUGGGCUCGCCACCGCAAAAGGAGGCGUGAGGAUGUCAAGAAGGAUAAUGUUGUUGAUCUUACUUUGCCCGACGAGCAAAUUUUGAACGAGAAUCAACCUGAUAUGGAUGACUUUAUAUCCCCUGAAAAUCAAGAUGAAGAGGCAAUUGCUAUGGGUGAAGAGUCUUCCUCUUCAGGUGAUGAACUCACAAAUAUCAAUGAUUCAAAUUGGAAUAUGGAUUGCUCUACAGUUGUGAGAGUUAGAACACUACACAUCAGCUCUCCUAUCUUGGCAGCUAAAAGUCCUUUCUUCUACAAGCUUUUCUCAAACGGAAUGAAGGAAUCAGAGCAGAGACAUGUCACUCUGAGAAUUAAUGUUUCUGAGGAAGCUGCUCUUAUGGAACUUCUAAAUUUUAUGUAUAGCAAUACCUUGAACGUUUCUUCAGCCCUUGAAAUAUUAGAUGUGUUGAUGGCCGCUGACAAAUUCGAAGUUGCUUCUUGCAUGAAGUUUUGUAGUCGAUUAUUGCGAAUUAUACCCAUGACACCCGAGUCUGCAUUGCUUUACCUUGAGCUUCCUUCUAGUGUCUUAAUGGCCGAUGCAGUUCAACCAUUGACCGAUGCAGCAAAGCAGUAUCUUGUUGAUCGAUACAAAGAUAUAACAAAGUAUCAGGAGGAGGUUUUGAGCUUGCCUUUGGUAGGAAUAGAAGCAAUAUUAUCUAGUGAUGAACUCCAGGUUGCAUCAGAGGAUGUUGUAUAUGACUUUGUGUUGAAGUGGGUUAGAACACAGUACCCAAAACUAGAUGAAAGGAGAGAAGUUUUGGGUACACAACUUGCUCGUUUAAUUCGUUUCCCUUACAUGACCUGUAGAAAGCUUAAGAAAGUGUUAACGUGUAAUGACUUCGACCAAAAUGUUGCAUCCAAGCUUGUUCUUGAAGCGCUUUUUUUCAAGGCAGAGGCUCCUCAUCGCCAGCGGAUACUAGCUGCCGAUUCUGCUUCCUACAGACUUUUUGUGGAGCGAGCAUAUAAGUAUCGCCCUGUGAAGGUGGUGGAAUUUGAACUUCCAAGACAACAAUGUGUGGUUUAUUUGGAUCUGAAGAGGGAAGAGUGUGCGAAUUUGUUCCCAUCUGGGCGAGUUUAUUCUCAGGCAUUCCAUUUGGGUGGACAAGGGUUCUUCUUAUCAGCACACUGCAACAUGGACCAACAAAGCUCUUUCCAUUGCUUUGGUUUGUUUCUAGGAAUGCAGGAAAAAGGCUCAACUAGCUUUGCGAUUGAUUAUGAGUUUGCUGCCAGGUCAAGGCCAACAGAGGAAUUUGUUAGCAAGUAUAAAGGAAAUUAUGUAUUCACAGGAGGAAAAGCUGUUGGAUAUAGAAACUUGUUUGCUAUUCCAUGGACAACAUUCAUGGCUGAAGAUAGUUUAUACUUUAUCAAUGGUAUUCUCCACCUUAGAGCUGAACUUACCAUCAGGCAUUGACAUGGAUUCUCAUAUUUGUAAAUUAUUUUCUUUUAGCUCCUAGCUUUUUAAUCUUUUUUUCAUGUUUCUCAUCCUUAUGCUAAUUUGUUGUAAUAUUGGCUAAUACCGAGAUAAUGUGUAUUAGGUGAUUAGUGCUA